GACAAGAAAAUGUGGUAAUUAUUUCACUUCAACGCAGAGCAAAUACGAAAUUUUGAAAAUUCGAACCAACACACCUAGGGUUGAUCUGAAGUAGUCGUGUAUCCUCGUUUUUUGGACAAGUGUUCGCUACUGACUAGCGAGAUUGCUAUCACUAAUUGAAGAGGCCACUCUCAUUCUAAUUCUCAAGAGUUACUCUUGCAUUGGGAACAAAAUUGCUUUGCGUUUUGUUUUUGGCCUAAGUCAAAAUUCAAAAAUAAUAAAAGGAAAAGCGAGAGGGAGUAUGUUGAGAGGGCUGCGAUUGUUAUUGGCACGAAGGUCACAGACAUAUUAUGACCAUCAUCUUGGCACCAGAACACUCAUAACUACAAGGUUCUCCAAAAAGCAUGCAGGUCUCAUGGAGUGUAAUACAGACAUUGAGAAACAAAUCACCCAUGUUUUAUUUUGUGGACCUCAUUUCCCUGCUUCUCAUGAAUAUACGACACAGUAUUUGCAAAAUCAUUCAUUUAUCAAGGUUGAUGUUCUCCCUUUAGAAGAUGUAGCAAAUGUUAUCGCUAACUAUCAUGUUUGCAUUGUGAAAAACAUGAGGCUAAAUGCUGACAUCAUUUCACAUGCACUUCAAAUGCAACUUAUAUUGCAGUAUGGCGUUGGGCUGGAAGGUGUUGAUGUUGAUGCUGCAACAAAGCAUGGAAUCAAGGUUGCUAGGAUCCCAAGUGAUAUUACAGGAAAUUCAGCUUCAUGUGCUGAAAUGGCCAUAUACCUAAUGUUGGGUCUCCUUCGAAAGCAAAAUGAACUGCAAAUUUCCAUACAACAGAAGAAGCUUGGCGAGCCAAUUACUGAAACUUUAUUUGGGAAAACUAUAUUUAUUUUGGGCUUUGGGAAUAUUGGAAUCGAUUUAGCAAAGCGAUUGCAACCAUUUGGUGUCAAAGUUAUUGCUACUAAGCGAAGUUGGGCUUCAUAUGAUGAUGUUGACAAUCUUGUUGAUGUGAAGGGCAGUCAUGAAGAUAUAUAUGACUUUGCAAGGAAAGCUGACAUUGUUGUUUGCUGCAUAAGAUUAAACAAUGAAACGGCUGAUAUUAUAAACAAUAAGUUCAUCUGUUCUAUGAAAAAGGGUGCCCUUUUGGUGAAUGUUGCUAGAGGCGGUCUUGUAGACUACGAGGCUCUUGUCAGCCACCUUGAAUCAAGUCAUUUAGGAGGGUUCGGCACUGACGUAGCUUGGAGUGAGCCAUUUGACCCUUGUGAUCAGAUUUUCAAAUUUAAGAAUGUUAUCAUGACUCCUCAUGUUGCAGGCGUUACAGAGCAUUCUUAUAGAGCCAUGGCUAAGGUUGUUGGUGAUGUCGUUCUUCAACUUCAUGCCAAGCUUCCUUUGACAGGGAUAGAAUUAGUUAAUUGAAUUAGUGCAAAAAGUUCAUUGCUAUAUCUUCUACUUCUAACUUUUAAUUUAAGAUCAAUUUUUCUGCUGUGCUGAAACACUUUCAUUAACAUUAUACAAUGAAAAUUGAGAUGAGGCAACAAUUAUGUGUAGGGAAUUUUUUUCACAGGGAACUAAUUGUUCUUCAGCAAUGGGUUGUGGAAACUAAAUAAAGAGUAUGUU